ACUGAAAAUACAGGACUGGCAAAUGCAGCUCGGUAGGCAACUGACACCUCCACGACGCGCACGGUAAACUGACACUUGUUCGCCACAUUGGAUAGACAGCUCGCAACCAUGAAGAAGAACCACAGUCCGGCCAAAGCACCGGCUCCGGCAGAAGUCAAUAUGUCAGACUACGAGGUUUCUGUGCAACAGCUCAACGAUCUGCUGUCGGACGGCAAUGGGUUAUACUGCUUGCCAACCAAACAUUUCAACGAGGUUUUCCCCAGGAUUUACGUAGGAAACGCGUUUGUGGCCCAGAACAUUAUGCGACUUCAGAAGCUGGGAGUGACGCACAUUCUCAACGCUGCUGAGGGAAACUCCUUCAUGCACGUCAACACCAAUGCCGAGUUCUACGCCGGCUCCGGCAUCACCUACCAUGGCAUGCAGGCCAGCGACACCGACCACUUCGACCUCAGCGUCUUCUUCGAGGAGGGGGCCGACUUCAUUGAGAAAGCCCUGGCAUACAAGGAUGGAAAGGGGAAGGUGUACGUGCACUGCCGAGAGGGGUACAGCCGCUCCCCGACGCUGGUCAUCGCCUACCUCAUGCUGUGCCACAAGAUGGACGUGCGGACGGCGCUGUCCAUGGUGCGGCAGAAGCGGGAGAUCGGGCCCAACGACGGCUUCCUGCGGCAGCUCUGCCAGCUCAACGAGCGGCUGGUCCGGGAGGGCAAAAUCAAGGCCAAGUGAGCCCCCCCGGGAUCGCCCGCCCUGCGGUGGGGCACAGGGGGAGCCCUGAGGCUCGGCGGCGGUGGACACACCCAGGCAGUGCAAACGCAUACAUGCGCACGCGCAUACACCUGGCACCGUGCACACCUGCCCCUCCUCCUCGCACACAGACACGGACACAUACAUACACACACUCGCACACUCACACGUGCAUGCACACUGCUGCCCUCUGUGUCUCCUGGCCUGGCAGGACUCUGCUCAUAUAGGUGAGCCUGAGUGAGAAGAGGGUGGUGAAGAGAGGAAGGGGAGGGCCUCAUUAUAAGCCCUCUCCCCAGCACACACUUUCUCUGUCUUCUUUCCUGUGGGUUUGUACACAAGGCUCCUACUGCCACCUUUAUGCCACCUUCUCUUCCAGGUCUCUGAAAGUAAAAGCUUUUGUUUUUGUUAGGGUUUCUGUUUAGUGACUUUUGAAUGUUCUGAAAAGAGAAAGGUUUUGAUUUAUGCAGAUUUCCCAAACAGUAACUUGCUGCUUGCGUCUGAGGAAAUCUACAGUGCCCAGCUAUUUGGACUAUUGGAUAGCUGUAAAAUGCUAAAUUUAGUCCACUGACCGCUCAUCAGAACACCAUAGAAUCAUUCUAUGGUGUGUCCUUACUGGUAAUUUGACAACCACUUUUUCCUCAUCUCCUGGUUCAUACUUAUUUCUUGAUGAGGGGAUCUCUUACCAGCCUCCCAGA